UUGCAGUUUGGACUGAAGCUGUGGGUUUCUCAGAGCGGAUUAGGCCUCCUUAUGAGUAACUGCACUCCUCUCCUCGUCUCGGUCACAGUAGUGACUCUGUGCCUGAGCAUCGUUCUCAUCCAGGAGGUCAGAGUUUUAAAAACGGAUCUCAAGGGAAUUAAAAGGGAUCUCCUCUCCCCUCUGGUUCAUCGGUCACUGAAAGAGUUUGGAUAUGGACUGUUUAUGUCUAACAUGUGGGAGCAGCAUUCAUUUGUUCGGCCUCGGAACAGACACGAGGAAGACGUCUGGACCAACCAGGCAUCAUUCUUGCAGAUGGCAGCCAUGGUAAAUGAAAAGCCCAUACAGAGAGGUAAUGUGACGGUAAUUCCAUGGACUGUUGCCAUCCAACAAGGUUCCGCUGUCACAGCAUCAGAUAACAAAAUAGUCGUCCAACAAGACAGUUACUUCAUGGUAUUUGGCCAGGUUCUGUAUCACGACCGAGGAGCCAUCAUGGGCCACCUGAUCCGCCAGCAGCCAUCCAGUGCGUCUGGAGGUGUGGGGAGAUACCGAGACCUCUUCCGCUGCCUGCAGGAGAUGCCCGGGGAGGAGAACAGCGCCAACACGUGCUACACCGCAGGGAUUGUGAAGCUGGAACACAACGACCAGCUGGAGCUGGUCAUCCCCGAUCGGCCUCACGCACAAGUAGCCAUGGACACGGAAUCAACCUUCUUCGGAAUCAUUCAGCUGCAGUAAACAAAGGAACCUCCCCCAACCCAUUCCGCUUCACAUAUCUUGUCUGACAACCACAGAAUGGGCUGGAAUAUAUUCUGCAUACUUGAUGUUCAGUAUACAGUGCUCUUUUCAUUUGAUGUUAAAAAAAGGGGGGGGGUGGCUGCCUGUGUUAUUGUACUCAGUUGACAAGACAAAAAUAGGCGUACUGAAGGCUCUGCUCUCUGUGCAAUCAGUAAGACCCAAUGUCACGCUGACGGAUGACACAGCCAGUCUCUGGGACCGGCAGAUAACCUCACACCCGGAAGGUCGAGUACAAACUGUGACAGGCCACUGUCACUGCAUCUGCGAAACAGGAUGUUGAACUCUGCCACACAGAGCAAACGGAGACGAGAUAUUCUUACAGAAUUUCAAUGAGAAGGAAAAAGAGAAGAAAAAGACAAAGCUUAUAGGCUUGAGCAAAAGAUCUGUCAGGACAGUUUCAUUAUAGAUGCUUAACACAGAUGCCUUGAAUGGCAAUUCCUUACAGCUUACUAUAAAUACACAUGCACACCUACACACAUCAUCUCUGCAUAGCCUACACUUUUUUUUUUCGACCCUGCUACUCUGUCAAUAGGUUUAUUUCGGUCUCUUUGUUUACCAUUCUCUGGCUUUGUCCCACAAGCACCAGCCUCAGAGUGCCACACACUGUUGUUUAUUUGGCUUUCUAUUUGGAAGAGGUUUCCAUAUCCCAGGAUGGUAUAUCAGGAACAAACAAAACAGGGCUUUGCCCAGCUUGCGGGGAGGGGGG